AUGAGACUUCAAAUGCCAAAUAAUCCACACAAUAUUUUUGGAAGUAAUGGGCAAGCAGGGGCGGGGGCAGUUUAUGAUGAAACUUUUAUGCAGGCUAGAAGCGCAGCAGCCCUCGCAGAAAUGGAGUCUAAAAUUGCUGCUCAAUCAUUUACUUCUGGUAUGCUUAUACCGCCGCAAGUUGAUACUUCGUUUGGGCAUCAUUCUUCGAUGGAACAAGUUGCAAACAAUAGCAAUACUGCUUUUCAGGCAGAAAUGGCCGCUCUAUGUCAACAGCAAAUGCUUCACGCCCAAAUGUUGCAGCAAACUUGCUUCACUCCCGUUACCGGAAUACAACAUUAUAACAAUUCGGCAGCUUCGACAACAAGUAAUACAAUUUCAAACAAUCUUCAAUCAUCCUCUUCUAUGGCACAUUUUCAACAAAAUUUAAAUAAUUCUUCCCCUUUUGGCCUACACAAUUAUUACUCCCCUCACCAACAGCAACAACAGGCUAAGUUUUUUUAUUUCAAUAAAUUAAUUUUUCAGUCAUUAUUGGCUUCUAACACCUCCCCCACCACAAAUUCAUUUCUCCUUCCAAAUGUUUCAAAUAUUGUUGAAACAAAUUCUACAAACAUUUCAUUAAACAGAAAUGCCCAAAAACAACAACAAAACCAACAACGUUUUAAUAGUGGAACGGCUAUCUCAACAUUAUAUGGGGCAACGGCUAAUUUAAAUGCUAAUAAUAAUAUUGCUGAAAUUGACACGGACCCAUUGGAAUUACAACAUUUUGCCGAACAUUUUAAACAAAGAAGAAUAAAAUUGGGUGUUACUCAGGCAGAUGUAGGGAAAGCUUUGGCCUAUCUAAAAAUGGCUGGAGUAGGGUCCUUAUCUCAAUCUACAAUUUGUCGAUUCGAAUCGCUGACACUUUCCCAUAAUAAUAUGGUAGCCCUUAAACCGAUAUUGCAAAGCUGGUUGGAACGGGCAGAGGAAGCAACUAAACAACAAGCUGUGGCGACUGCGGCUGUGGAAGCUGGUGGUGUUGGGGGAGCGGGGGGAGAUGCCUUAACCCUUCAAUGCAUCGCUGCCGCUACCGCAGCUUCCGCCGGUAUAUUGCCCUGUUCAGAGAAGAAACGUAAAAGAACAUCCAUUGCUGCACCAGAAAAGACAGAAUUAGAAGAACAAUUUAAAUUACAAAGUCGUCCUACGGGUGAUCGUAUAGCUGCUAUAGCAGAAAAACUUGAUCUCAAAAAGAAUGUUGUUCGUGUCUGGUUUUGUAAUCAAAGGCAGAAACACAAAAGAAAUCAAUUUCGUACAAAUCGAGUAAUAUCCGGACUUUCUCAAAUGGCCAGCAGUAGCGAUCUUGAUCAGCACCAAAAAUCACCAAUUUCACACCAUCAAAUACAACACAACCAAUAUCAGAACCCUUUAGACAAUAAAUUGGUAGCCUCGUGUAACUCGACAACUACAGCCGCGGCCGCAUCUCUAGCAGCAGCGGUUCAAGCGGCAGCUGCUGCUAGUAUGCAUCAUCAACUUAGAGAACAGCAAAGACAGUUUUGCCAAAAAAGAGAGGAAGAUUCAGAAGGAUCAGCAAUAUUCGAAAAUCAACAAAGAAAAUCCUCUCCGGAUUCAACCGAUAACAGCAACUGUAAAAUUGAAAACGAAAAAAUAGAAAAACAAAAAAAUAUUUCUGAAAAUGUUAUCUUUAACGGUAAUAAUACUUCGGUUAUUCAACAUGCAUCUUUUGGGGGUGGAUUUAGAUCAGAUACUCAUCAAUUAUUUUAUCAACAAGAAUAA